CAGCGAAAAAGUAUAAAAGGGUGAUAAAUUUCGACAGAUAGACCAUCCACCUUUACUUAAUACUUCGAAUUUCUCUAUUAAAUGUCAUUUGGCCGCUUCCCUAUCAGCUAUUUCAGUUCUUCUUCAACUCAAGUUAGCCGUACUAAUGCUUCUGGCUCUUUGGCUUCUUCAUCCUCGGAGGAAUCUAUUCGUUCAGUCCUUUCGGUGAGCGCUAUCUUAAUUAGUUCGGACUCCUCUUCAAGCAGUAACGUAUCAAAUACCUUUGGCCAUAGAACACAUUUUGCUCGUUACUUGGGCACAACAUCUGAUUCCUCAGACUCUCCGGAAUUGCAAAGCUCGUCUUCCGAAGGAGAAGUGUUGUACAGGGGCCAUCGUCUUCGUCAGCGUAGGGAUCGUCGUAUUGUGUCUACUGAAAGCGAGGUGGAAGAAAUAGAACCAUCUAGUUUAUCUUCAGCAAGUGAUAGUCCUCCUCAACGUAGUCAAGUUCCUCAAUCAGCUGCUGGAGUUCCUUUGCCCGUCCCUCUCACAUUAGAAGAAAUAGGGUCUAUCUUGUGUUGGUCUAGACGAGUGUCAAGAGUCAUUCCUUCUGACGUGCAGUUAUUCGCUUUGAUAUAUGACAAAGAUAGUGCUGUUAGGUUUCUAAUGGAACAGCGAGUACUUUAUGAUUACAAUCGGGAUGAUAUGACUCGAGCUGAUAUGAUUUGCGAUGGAGGGGAAAGAAUGAAGUUUACCUACAACGUAGAUCGUGGCUAUAUAUGGCGUUGUCAUAAGUAUGGUUG